GCCAUGUGACCGGCCGCCGCCGCCCCAGGCCCGAGGAGCGGCGGGGGGCGCCAUGGCCGAGCGGGGCCGCCCGGGGCCCGGCGGCGCGCCCGGCGCGCUCGGCACGCCCGUGCCCAUGAACCUGUUCGCCACCUGGGAGGUGGACGGCUCCAGCCCCAGCUGCGUGCCCAGGUUGUGCAGCCUGACGGUCAAGAAGCUGGUGGUCUUUCGGGAGCUGGAGAAGGAGCUCAUCUCCGUGGUCAUCGCCGUCAAGAUGCAGGGCUCCAAGCGGAUCCUGCGGUCCCACGAGAUCGUGCUGCCCCCCAGUGGACAAGUGGAGACGGACCUGGCGCUGACAUUCUCCUUGCAGUACCCCCACUUCCUGAAGCGGGAGGGGAACAAGCUGCAGGUGCUGCUGCAGCGGCGGAAGCGCUACAAGAACCGGACCAUCCUGGGCUACAAGACGCUGGCGGCCGGCGCCAUCAACAUGGCCCAGGUCAUGCAGCAGCCGUCGGAGGGUGGCCAGGUGCUGGGGCUCUGCAGCGGCACCAAGGAGGCGGCCGUGAGGGUGGCCGAGGUCUGGGUCUUCUCGCUGUGCAGCCAGCCCGUGGACCACGAGGACAGCGCCCUGCAGCCCGGGCCCAAGGCCAAGUCCGCGGACAACUACUCGGAGGAGGAGGACGAGAGCUUCUCCUCGGAGCAGGAGGCCAGCGACGACGCCGUGCAGGGCCAGGACCUGGACGAGGAUGACUUCGACGUGGGGAAGGCGGAGAAGCAGCGGCGCUCCGUAGUCAGAGCCACCUCCAUGACCAGGCAGCAGAAUUUCAAGCAGAAAGUGGUGGCUCUGCUGCGGAGGUUCAAAGUGUCGGAUGAGGUCCUGGACUCGGAGCAGGACCCGACGGAACAUGUCCCCGAGGUGGAGGAAGACCUGGACCUCCUGUACGACGCGCUGGAGCCCAGCGACAGCGGCCCCGACAUGGACGAUGACGACAGCGUCCUUAGCACCCCGAAGCCGAAGCUCAGGCCCUACUUCGAAGGCCUGUCGCACUCCAGCUCGCAGACGGAGGUGGGCAGCGUCCACAGCGGCCGCAGCCAGAAGGAGGCCGCCAGCCCGACCGAUGUGCCCGAGAAGACCCGGGCCCUGGGGGUGAAGCUGCCCAGCGACAGCGCCUCCGACCUGGUGGCACACCACAGCGGCCCGGGCCCCGGGGAGCCGCCGGCAGCGCCCCAGGACAGCCCCGAGUCGGAGACCAACAGCCCCGACGUCUUCACCGAGAAGCGGCCGCCCAGCGGGCGCAUCACCAAGACCGAGUCCCUGGUCAUCCCCUCCACCAGGAGUGAGGGCAAGCAGGCCGGCCGCCGGGGCCGUAGCACGUCGCUGAAGGAGCGGCAGCCGGCGCGGCCGCAGAACGAGCGGGCCAACAGCCUGGACAACGAGCGCUGCCCCGACGCGCGCAGCCAGCUGCAGAUCCCGCGGAAGACCGUGUACGACCAGCUGAACCACAUCCUGGUCUCCGACGACCAGCUCCCCGACAGCAUCAUCCUGGUCAACACGUCCGACUGGCAGGGCCAGUUCCUGUCGGGCGUCCUGCAGCGGCACACGCUGCCCGUGGUCUGCACCUGCUCGGCCGCCGACGUGCAGGCCGCCUUCUGCACCAUCGUCUCGCGCAUCCAGAGAUACUGCAACUGCAACUCGCAGCCGCCGCGGCCCGUGAAGAUCGCGGUGGCGGGCGCCCAGCACUACCUCAGCGCCGUGCUGCGGCUCUUCGUGGAGCAGCUGUCCCACCGCACGCCCGACUGGCUGGGCUACAUGCGCUUCCUCGUCAUCCCGCUGGGCUCGCACCCCGUGGCCCGCUACCUGGGCUCCGUGGACUAUCGCUACAACAACUUCUUCCAGGACCUGGCGUGGCGCGACCUGUUCAACAAGCUGGAGGCGCAGAGCACCGUGCAGGACACGCCCGACAUCGUGUCUCGGAUCACCCAGUACAUCUCGGGGGCCAACUGCGCCCACCCGCUGCCCAUCGCGGAGGCCAUGCUGACCUACAAGCAGAAGAGGAGAAAGAACUUUCAUUUUGACUUUACCCUCAGCCCUGACGAGGAGUCUGCCCAGAAGUUCAUCCCCUUCGUCGGGGUGGUGAAGGUGGGCAUCGUGGAGCCGUCCUCAGCCACGUCAGGCGACUCUGACGACGCGGCCCCCUCUGGCUCCUGCGUGCUCUCGUCCACCCCGCCGUCCACGUCGCCCGCCGCCAAGGAGGCCUCGCCCACCCCGCCGUCCUCCCCGUCUGUGAGCAGCGGCCUGUCCUCCCCCAGCCAGGGUGUCGGCGCCGAGCUCAUGGGGCUGCAGGUGGACUACUGGACGUCAGCCCUGCCGGCCGACAGGAAGAGGGACGCUGAGAAGCGGGAGCUGCCCGCGGCCAAGACCACGCUCAAGAGCACCUUCCGGUCCCUCCAGGUCAGCAGGCUGCCCAGCGGCGGCGAGGCUGCGCCCACGCCCACCAUGUCCAUGACCGUGGUCACCAAGGAGAAGAACAAGAAGGUCAUGUUCCUGCCCAAGAAGACCAAGGACAGGGACGCGGAGCCCAAGAGUCAGUGUGUGGAGGGCAUCAGCCGGCUGAUCUGCACGGCCAAGCACCAGCAGAACAUGCUGCGAGUCCUCAUCGACGGGGUGGAGUGGAACGACGUCAAGUUCUUCCAGCUGGCGGCGCAGUGGUCUUCCCAUGUCAAGCACUUCCCCAUCUGCAUCUUCGGCCACUCCAAGUCCUCCUUCUAGCCCCCGCGGCCCUGCUCGGGGCACGGCCAGGCCCAGCUGCUUCCUGGUCCCCUUUGGUUCAUGACAGACGCGUAAACUCAGCAAGUCUCCAGUAUGAUGUGCUCGCAGCCUGGACACUAACGGACGCGCUCACGGCCCGCCCCCCGCGCUGCCCUUAACCAAGUGGAGUGGCCGGGGAGGGUCCGGCUUGGGGCAGGAAAGCGCCGCUGGCCCAGCCCCCGUGCCCUCCGGCCGUUUUCUAACGCUUUUCCCAGCAGGUUACAGUGUAGCUCUCAAACACCCUCGCAGCCCACCCAAAGCCCCUCCCGAGCUGCCCCCCCCCCCCGACGCCCACCCAGCACUCAGGUGGCCUCUGCGGCUACCUGCCUGGGGGCCUGCUCAUCCAGGACGGCCAGGGGGACCCUGCAGGGCUGGGCACCUGCCCCUUCAGAAUCCUCGGGUCUCGGGCCAUCCUGACCACCCCUGCUCUUGGGAGCAGCCCCCCCCCCCCCCAGGGGCUGCUCUGUAGACAGGCUCAUCUGGACCGGGGACCCCAGGCCCCACUCUGUGGUAGGCGCUGUGACCCCAGGCGGGUCGCGGGGCAGAAGUGGAAGCGGGCGCCUGGAGGUGAGGAGGGAUGCAGGGACCCACCCUCCCGCGCCACUCGACUGGUUUCGAGGAAGGGCCCCGUGGAUCCUGUCCCUCGCGGGAGGCCCUGCCAGUGGCCCCAGCACACGCCCGACGUGGAGACCUGGGCUGCACUCACCCCCGUGCCUCAGUUUCCCCGUUUGUUCACGGGGGCAGCCACGUUCGCCUGCCUACCUCAUGGAGCUGUUCUGAGGGCUUUGGCCAGCACUUGGUUCCUCAGAGGCAGAAGCUGCAGAGGCCAGAGUGGUCUGUGGGGGCGCCCGGUCGGGACGGCCCGUGGGUCUGCAUCGAGGCCUCGGGUUGGGCCAGUGGGCCGGGCAGUGGCAAUGCAGCAGUGGGAGUAGCGAGACUCGCCCUGCCCGGGUCCAGCCCUGCCCCAAUGCCGCUGUGUUCCCAUCUCCCCGGGGUCGCGCAGGGGCCUGGGGCUCCCGGCCUUGCUGCACCGGCCUGGCUCGGGGUGAGGCCCAGCUGCCCUCGGUCAGGCCUUUGUCCCAGGCCGCCUGCUGCCGAGGGCUCCUGCCCGGGCGUGGGGGGGGGGGGGGGCGGGCCGUGCACCCCUGCAGACCGUGCAUCGCUGGUUUCUAGGGUGUGUGUUGCUAGGAUUUUUUUAACGCAAAACAGGAUUAAUGUAAAUAACCUUUUGGGGGAACAGAUUCUAAUCUGUCACAGACGUGACUGUGGACUAUUUUAAGGUGCUGAUGCGACAGAAUAAACCUGGAGACGCA